AUGAAAGGUUUUACAGUCGCCCUCCUCGCCUGGACUCUGAUUUCUCCCUGCAAAGGUAGCAGUGGCAGCGGCAGCAGGGAAGCUUGGCCCACACACAUAGCCUGCAGGGAUGGGGGCUUGGAAAUGCUCUACCAGAGUUGCGAUCCACUACAGGAUUUUGGCUUUUCUGUUGAUCAGUGUUCCAAACAUUUAAAACCAAAUAUCAACAUUAGAUUUGGAAUUAUUCUGAGAGAAGACAUCAAAGAGCUGUAUCUUGACCUUGCUCUCUUCUCUAAAGGAUCUUCUGUUCUGAACUUCUCCUAUCCUGUCUGUGAGGAGAGUCUGCCCAAGUUUUCUUUCUGUGGAAGGAGGAAGGGAGAGCAGAUUUACUAUGCUGGUCCUGUCAAUAGUCCUGGAUUUGAUAUUCCCGAGGGAAAAUACCAGGUUUUGCUGGAACUGUAUACUGAAAACCGUUCCACUGUGGCCUGUGCCAAUGCUACUGUCAUCUGCUCCUGAUUGUGAUCUACAGCAAAAAUCACAGCAACCUCCGUCUGGUGGGACUGCCAAGCUCCUCAGAUUGAACCUACUAUGUAAGAAGAAUCAGCUGAUGACAGAGAGAAACUCUACAAAAAUCCCCCAAAAGAGUGCAGUUACUAAUUUUAGCCCCAGGACCAGAUAUCCCAGACUUCACAGAUUUAAUGAAACCCCCAAAAUUAUCUGCUCCAAAGGAGCUUCUUGGUAGUCACUAAGCAAUCUGCAGGGUCCAUCCUUCUAACUAGUUGCCUCACACCAGACUCACCUGCUUUUUGACUCCUCAGGAGGCUUCCUCACUGUUACAGAGAAUAAAG